AUGGCCGCCCGCCCCGCUCUGCCCUGCCUGGCCCUCUGGCUGGCCUUGGCUUGCGCCUCGCCGCCGCCCGACGGCGACCCCUUCGCCGCGCAGCUGGGCGACAUCUCCGCCUGCCAGGCGCGCUGCGCCCACAGCCUCCAGCCGCCGCCGCCGCCCGGCCCGGCCGCCAAGGAUGCCGUUCUCAAUGCCUGUUACCGCGGCUGCCGGCUGUUUUCCAUCUGCCAUUUUGUGGAUCCCGCCGCUGAGCUGAAUGCAACCAGAGCCGAGUGUGAAUCAACUUGCGUGGAGGCUUACUCAGGAGGUGCGGAGCAGUUUGGCUGCAUGACCGGGUGCAGGACGCAGCUGCCGGAGACGGAGAGCAGAGCUGAAAAGGUUCAAGAUCUGAAACCAGCUUCAUUCUCGGUCUUUGACCUGGUCUCCAACUUCUGCAAUGACAUCGUCAGCUCCGCCCAAAGUUUCAUCUCCUCUACGUGGACUUUCUACCUUCAGUCAGAUGACGGGAAAGUGGUGGUUUUCCAGUCACAGCCGGAGAUCGAGUACCCCGUUCCUGAGGUACAGGCACCCAAGUCGGAGGUGUCAGAGAAGGCCUGGACCGUCUCGAACCCAAACACCGUGAAGCCACACACAGGUCUUCGGGAGAAACUGGAGAAACCUCCUGUCGAGGAGCCAAAGGGCAGAGUCAAAGGCCACCCUCCAGUGGAGGCCCCGCCGUCGGCAGAACACGACUUCCUGGGCUGCAUGUCCAACCAAUUAGAAGUUUCCUCCGCCCCCAUGGCCGGCCGUAAUCUCGUCAUCUCUCUCUGGCGGGGGGCAUCUGGGUGUUACAGGCGUUCCGGGCUACCCCGCUGGAUCCUGGCCGCUUGUCUCUUCCUCUCCAUCAUGGUGAUGCUGUGGCUCAGCUGCGCCAGCCUGGUGACCGCCCCGGAUCAGCACGUCAAGGCCCAGCCCCUGAGCAUCAAUGGAGAUAAAGAAUACCUGGACGACAUUGAUGGUCCCACGCCCUACUCGCUACGCCCCGUCAUCGCUGUAGCCAUCUGCCCGGCGGACGACAGCGAGGAAACCGGCCUGCUGCCGGUCAAAGUGGAUCUGGAUAAGACUGCUCUCUAAGACGCUGGUCACUCUGAUUCCACCCUCCCCCUCCUCUUCCGCUCUCCCCUCCCCUCCCCUUGUGUAGCCUCACCCCCCCCCCCCCAAUCACUUGCUCUUUCGCCCAGGUAGAGAUGUAAAAGCCUCUGUUUGAAAGCCGCUCACAACGGCCCACGUUUUCACCAGCGGCAACA